UUUGAAUAUAAAAUAAUAAAAUUUUAAUAAAAUGUUUCGUAUUAGUUUGCUAUUGGUUCCAUUGGCAAUUGCCACCGUUGUCUAUAGUCAAGGAGCAUUUCGACCACCAUCAAUUCCAGCAAUUAUUGCCAUUCUACGUUACCAGAAUAGUCCAUGUACAACCGAUUCGAAUACACCGGGUACUUGUUUAGCACAAAAUGAUUGUCUAGCACGACAAGGUACACCGGAUGGUACCUGUGCUUCUGGUUUUGCAUCAUGCUGUAAUUUCAAAUUUACAUGCGGUGGCCGUACUAAAGAAAAUGAAACAAUUUUUGUCAAUCAUUUGUAUCCAAAAACCGAUAAUGGUACCAAUACCUGUCAAGUUACCAUUGAUAAACAGCCAAAUGUUUGCCAACUUCGAUUAGAUUUCGAAGAAUUUUCAUUAGCACAACCGGAUGAAAAUGGUCAAUGUACAACUGAUUCAUUUAUGGUACGUACCACUGUUGGUGAACGAUUGCCAAUUUUGUGUGGUGAAAAUAAUGGUCAACAUCUAUAUGUCGAUAUGGGUCGUGGUUCGGCCAAUCCAGUCGUAUUAUCGGUUGUCACCAAUGGCGAUAUGAUUGGCCGUAAAUGGAAGGUCAAGAUCAACAUGAUUCCAUGCAACAAUCUUGAUAUGGCUCCAUCAGGAUGCUUACAAUAUUUCAGAUCACCAUCAUCUGUUAUUCAAAGUUUCAACUAUGGAGUACCAAUGGAAGGUCGUGCCCGAUAUUUAUCCAAUCUACGAUACACAGCCUGUGUUCGUGUUGAAGAGAAUUUCUGUUCAAUCAAAUGGGAAACCGAAACGCCCGGUUCAUUCUCAUGGGGUGCACCAUAUGAAGGAAAUCUUACGGCUCGUGGUGCCAGCGGUGGUCUUUGCAAUGUCGAUGAUUUCAUCGGUAUCGAUCAGGGAAGUGCCGAAGGUAGCGGACCAGGUGAAGAUCGUCUUUGUGGUACUAAACUUUUACAAGAUGAUUACGUUAUAUCUCGAUCAAAGCCAUUCCAACUUAAAGUACGAUCAAAUAGUGAUCAAAAAUUGAAUGCCGAAAAUUCUCAACAUGGUUUCAGUCUUCGUUAUGUUCAACUUCCUUGUGUGAUUUAAUUGGCCUUCCUCCCCCCCACCAAUCUGAGUUUCAUACUGUUCUUUCUUCCACAUACUUCUAUUCCUUUUUUCCCGGACAUCAAUCAAAUACCCACAUCCUUCAUCUUCUUCACCAACUCUAAAUUAUUUACAAUAAUGAAACAAAAAAAGGACUUGACCUAACCUUUCAUAUCGAAUCGAAUGGAGAUGCACUAAAUUUUUAAACUCGAUGCAACCAAUGAUGAAUGAAAAAAAAACAAAUUUUUUUUACGAGCUUAUUAUAUCCACCAUCAUGAAUAAAUGAGGUCGAAAUGAUGAUGGCUCCCAAUCGUCAUCCUUGAUGCAUUCAAACUAUCCAAUAAACCAUUCGUUCUGUACAUACAAUUAUAACACUUGGCAAUGAACUUGAAGACGAUGAAAAAAAACGGAAAAUUUUCUUUUCCUUCUUCCCAAGCCCACGCUGCUGAAUAUAAUGUUUACCUGAUUUAUCACAUUGAUGAUAUAACGGAAAUGAUCUUCUUUAAUUAUCAUCAUCUUCGUCACCACAUCAUGUUUCUCAUACAUACAUACAUACAUACAUAGACACACUGAAUAUCUCUGAAUUUUUUUUUAUCUGAAUCAAAUCUCAUACGAAUCUCUAAAUUAUUUUAAUCAAUUUAACCAUUUUAUUUAUUUAUUUAUUUAUAUUGAA